ACACACAAUAAAAUUCUCUGUGCAUUGUGAUUUAGUAUCGAUCUAUUCUCUAACCUUCUAGUAUCUCUAACCUUAAAACUUACAAGUUAUAAUAUUGCAUAAUUAAUAAAUUUUUAUCUACUUAUUCUUUAUAAAAAAAAUUUUAUAAUAUUAUAAAAUUGAUGUAAAGAAGUCGAAGCAUAAUUUCAAAAAUAUUAAAAUAUUAACAAUGUUUAACAUUGUAUCAUUCUUCUCUGAACAUUUAAAUGUACCUGAGGCUGCAACUCGUCUUUUUUUCUCCAUUUUAGUUGGAUUUCCAAUCGCCUUCAUUCAUAGAUAUACUUUAUAUGGAAAAUAUCCAAUAUAUCAACAUAUAUUUUUUAUAACCUGUGGUGUUUCGAUUUGCUUGUGGAAUUUUGGACUUAAUCUAUUUCAUUCAGGACUAGCAGUGUAUACCACUUAUAGCAUUUUAAAAUAUAUUGGUGGUUCUUCUUUGGCAGUUUUUAUUAUUUUUGUCUUCAACAUGGUUUAUCUUUUUUGUGGAUAUUAUUUAACAAGUACACGUGAAUAUGAUAUAAAAUGGACAAUGCCACAAUGUGUAUUAACUUUACGAUUAAUUGGUAUCGCAUUCGAUAUGUUAGAUGGCCAAAAACCCGAAGAAUCAUUGUCCAUACAACAAAAGCAAGUGGCCUUAAAAGAUCAUCCAACGUUUUUGGAGAUUGCAGCAUUUUCAUAUUUUCCAGCGUCAUUUAUAGUUGGACCACAAUUUAACUUGAAAAGAUACUUAGAUUUUGUGCAAGGACGGUAUACAUCGAUUAAUGCGGAUGGUAAUUUUAUAGUACAAGAAAUUGAAAUUCAUAAUUCUAUCUUGCCUGGUAUUUUUAAAAUGUUUCUUGGAAUCGUAUACAUGAUACUUCAUCAAUUAGGAAUUUGGUACAUACCUCAUGAAUAUAUUUUAAGUAUGGAGUUUCGACAGCAAUUCUUUUUGAAACGUAUUUUUAUUAUUGGUUUAUGGGGUCACGUCAAUCUGUAUAAAUAUGUUUCUUGCUGGUUAUUGGCUGAAGGGGCUUGUACAAUAUUUGGUUUAUCUUAUAAUGGAAAAGAUGAAAAAGGUCGUCCUCUUUGGAAUGGUUGUACAAAUGUUGAUGUGUUAAAAUUUGAAACAGCAACUAAAUUUAAGCAUUAUAUUAUGUCAUUUAAUAUAAAUACCAAUAUUUGGUGUGCGGAAUAUAUUUACAAACGAUUGAAAGUUUUCGGAUCAGUAACCUGUAGUCAAAUUAUGACAUUGCUUUUUCUUGCGGUAUGGCAUGGAGUUCAUUCAGGAUAUUAUUUUUGCUUUUUCCUCGAAUUUAUCAUCAUGUAUGCUGAAAGAGAUUUAACCAAAAUAUUGAAGAAGCAAGAGAAAUUACAGAAAUUAUUAGAAAAUCGUCUAGAACUUAGAAUUCUCGUAUGGAUUUUCUUGCGUCUACACACGUUUGCUUUAAUGGGUUAUUGUCUUGUUUGUUUUACAUUUUUAUCAUACUCUAUUUAUCAUCAAGUUUAUUCUUCCUUAUAUCACUAUGGUCUCCUAAUUUAUCUAAUUUAUUCUCUUGUAUCUGUAUCAAUCAAAUUUUUUUUUUUAAGAAACACUUAAAACAACUUGAGUAAUAAUUCUGAAUAAACAUAUAUUUUUUAAUGAUAUU